AUGGAUAAUGGUCACGAAGAAAAUUCGUCAAAUGAUACGUCAGAUAAACUAGUUCCCAGUAAUAACUCUCAAGAAAUAGGUUCAAACGUAGAUGAAAAUGUCGAUAUCAAUGCACAGAUUGACGAGCAGCGUCGCCAGAUGCAACCGUCGAAAAUGGAAUCAUUUUUUGCUAUAACAAAAUCAUUGAUAAUUAGAGCUUUAGUUGUAUAUUUUAUAACUUCAAUGUUUCGUCAGCCAUCAGUGCCUAAGACUGAUGUUAGCAGUCCAGCAGGAGUGGCGCGUUCUCCUGCAAUAAAUAUGUUUGCAAAUGGGACAGUAUUAGACAUGUAUUCUUACUUAUCAGAAAAAGAGUUUCUUAAUAACCUUGAUGAAGGAAAAUUGGUUUGGAAAUUACCAGGACUAGUAUAUGGUGACUGGCAUUCUGGACCUGAUGGCGAUGGUACAUUCACAUACUCAACGAGUUUUGUUCCUUCAGAAGAGCUGAAAAACAAUGGUUCUAUAUAUCUUCAUGUAUAUAUUGUACCAUCAGGAAAAUCUCCACAUCCCAAGGACAAAAGUAUCUAUGCGGGAUCUUACAUAACAUAUGGCAAAAAAAUGAUAAAUAAAUACAAAAAAUUAAAGUAUCUAAAAACUCACAACUUAUUAACUGGACAAACUGAAAAAUCAGAAGAAGAAAUUAUGAAAGCAGAAACAUUAAAAGAGGAAAUUGUAUCUCAUUGGCAUCCAAACUUAACAAUAAAUCUGGUCACUGAUCAAACAAAUUGGAUGCAAGGCAGUGUCCCUCCUCCAUUAGAUGAAUUUAUCUAUUUCUUACCUGGUGGCAAGCAGUACAAACCGGCUGUAUUCUUAAAUGAUUAUUGGAACAUGAUGAGGGAUUAUGUACCACUAAACAAAACAUCUACAGUCCUUGAAUUACAAUUGACAUUCCAGCCAUUGAGUCUCUUUAAAUGGCAACUCUAUACUACACAAGCUAUGCGUGAUAAAUUGAAUAUGUUUUCUGCUUUAGGAGCUGAGGAACAAGAUGAAGAGCAAGAUACAAUUAAAGAAUUACUUUUAGACACAUCACCUUACUUAUUAGCUUUGACAAUAUCAGUCUCAAUUCUACACUCAAUAUUUGAACUAUUAGCUUUCAAGAAUGAUAUUCAAUUUUGGAAUAACAGACAAUCACUUGAAGGUCUGUCUGUGAGAUCAGUGUUCUUUAAUGUUUUCCAAUCAACUGUAGUGCUACUUUAUGUAUUAGAUAAUGAAACUAAUGUCAUGGUGAGAAUUUCAUGUUUCAUUGGUUUAUUAAUUGAAAUUUGGAAAAUUAACAAAGUUAUGGAUGUAAAAUUAAAUAGAGAAGAUAGAAUAUUUGGAUUACCAAAGUUAACUUUUACUGAUAAAGGUUCUUAUGUAGAAUCAAGUACUAAACAAUAUGAUAUGUUAGCUUUUCGAUAUCUCAGUUGGGCUUGUUUCCCUCUGCUCCUUGGAUAUGGAGUUUAUUCUCUGCUCUAUCAAGAACACAAAGGAUGGUAUUCCUUUGUUUUAAAUAUGAUGUAUGGAUAUCUUUUGACAUUUGGAUUUAUAAUGAUGACACCUCAAUUGUUUAUAAAUUAUAAAUUGAAGUCAGUUGCCCAUUUGCCAUGGCGUAUGAUGACUUACAAAUUUCUUAAUACAUUUAUUGAUGACAUCUUUGCAUUCGUAAUCAAAAUGCCAACAAUGUAUCGCAUUGGAUGCUUUAGGGAUGAUAUUGUAUUCUUCAUAUUCUUGUAUCAACGUUGGAUUUACAAGGUUGAUCAUAAGAGAGUCAAUGAGUUUGGAUUUUCUGGAGAAAUGGAGCAACAAAAACAAUCAGGAAAUGGAAACCUUGCUAUAACUGAAGGGGACUCUAACACCACUGAUAAGAAAAAUGAU